AUGCUCUUACUACUCAUAAAGAAGCGUGCCACUAUAAGAGAGCGGUGCCCGGCUUGUUGUAGUUUGCGAAUGAAGCAGUUUUCACUACAGCUACUUCACUCUUUCCUUCUUUCCUUCUUUUCACCCAUUAUGCAUAUCGAACUCGUUCUUGUUGCUGCCCUUGCGGCCAAGCUCGGUUCUGCUUUGGUUGGUGUCGAUUGGCAGUUUUCCGACACUCAGCAAAUACAAAACGGCCUCAACAACGUCACCUUCCCGUUUGACUUGAGCAACGCCCCGCACACUACUGGCUUCUACUUUGCGCAGCAGUUCUACUUCAAUGGCGUCGACAGCGUGGCUUACACUGGUCUGCAGCCGCGACCAGACAACGACAACGGCAGCGUCAUCCAUGCCGCCUUUUCCAGCUUCGUCGAGGGCACCACUUCCAAUUCGCCGCUGUGUAGCGAUGGCGCGGACGGUGGCGCUGGUGUGAGCUGCGCAGUCGAGUUUAACGGUGACUACUCCCACAAGUAUAAUUGUGUGGUGGAAACCACCGAUGGAGGUCUUACUUGGCGAGGCACUGUCGUUGACACUGUCACGGGAGACUCGCACGCCGUGGGCGAAUGGACGCUGCCCAAGAAAGCGGCUGGUCUCCAGACAUCGGGUACUGGAUUUGUGGAAUACUAUAUUUACCCUCGUGAAUCAGACGGAAAGGUCAAGUGCGAUGGAUUGCCUCUGACCGAAGUUUCCUUCUUUUCGCCAUCUAGCACCACCCAGGGUGCCAACCAGGGCACAAUCGGGAAGCCGUACGAAUACGGCGACUGCGUGGGAACGUCUGCUUUCUCAACGGAGGCUAUCAGCAAUGGUUACGAUGUCAAGGUUGGAUUUAAAGUCACGGCUGAUGGAUUCUGUCGUUGGUAG